AUGUCUCCCAAAGAAAAGCCGUGUAGCGAUCCUCCCUCGUUACCAACUCAUCUUACGCAGCCUUCCGCGCACUUUCCUCCUCGAGGAUAUAUUCGACGACUGCUGCCGCGCGAGUAUCAUCCUCGACAACUCUCUCGUAACUCGGAGGUUCUUCAUGAACCUCUAGGAGUUGCUCUUGCAACUCCUGUAGUGGUUGCGGCUGAUGUUGGUUGCCAGUAUUGGUUUUCUGAAAGUUGGAUCGAAUCUUCGACGCUGUUGUUGUUGCAGCUCUUGUUACUUGUUUCAACUGUAACGGCAGCAGUUGUAGUAUUUGUUGUAGUAUUUGUUGUUGCUGUUGCAAUCGUUGCCGCCGUCGUUGCUUUCGUUCUAGCUGUCUUAGACG